CGGGGGGGCUCCGGGGGGCUCGGCGGGGCUCCCACCAUGUCGGGCGAGGAGGAGGCGACCGAGCUCACCAUCGCCGAGGACCUGGUGGUGACCAAGUACAAGAUGGGGGGGGACAUCGCCAACCGCGUCCUGCGCUCCGUGGUGGAGGCGGCGAAUCCCGGCGCGUCCGUGCUGUGCCUGUGCGAGAAGGGCGACGCCAUGAUCAUGGAAGAGACCGGGAAAAUCUUCAAGAAGGAAAAGGAAAUGAAGAAAGGAAUCGCCUUCCCCACGAGUAUAUCCGUGAAUAACUGCGUGUGUCACUUCUCCCCGCUCAAGAGCGACCAGGAUUACAUCCUCAAGGACGGCGACCUGGUCAAAAUAAUUCCGGGGGAUGGGAACCGAUCCCGAACCCUCGGAAUUCCCGAAUUUUCCCCUUUUUUUUUUUUUCUUCCCCCCCCUCCCUCCUCCCAGGAAAAUCCCGUCUCCGGCCGCAAAGCCGACGUCGUCAAGGCGGCUCACCUGUGCGCCGAGGCGGCGCUGCGCCUGGUGAAACCCGGGAAUCAGAACACGCAAGUGACGGAGGCCUGGAAUAAAAUCGCCCACGCGUUCCACUGCAAUCCCAUCGAAGGGAUGCUGUCGCACCAGCUGAAGCAGCACGUGAUCGACGGGGAGAAAACCAUCAUCCAAAAUCCCUCGGACCAGCAGAAGAAGGACCACGAAAAAGCCGAAUUCGAGGUGCACGAAGUCUACGCCGUCGACGUCCUCGUCAGCAGCGGCGAGGGAAAGGCGAAGGACGCGGGGCAGAGAACCACGAUUUACAAGCGGGACCCCUCCAAGCAGUACGGGCUGAAGAUGAAAACCUCGCGCGCCUUCUUCAGCGAGGUGGAGCGGCGCUUCGACACCAUGCCCUUCACCCUCCGGGCGCUGGAGGACGAGAAGAAGGCGCGCAUGGGCGUGGUGGAGUGCGCCAAGCACGAGCUCCUGCAGCCAUUCAACGUCCUCUACGAGAAGGAAGGUGAGUUCGUGGCCCAGUUCAAGUUCACGGUGCUGCUGAUGCCCAACGGCCCCAUGAGGAUCACGAGCGGCCCCUUCGAGCCCGAGCUCUACAAAUCCGACCUGGAGGUGCAGGACGGGGAGCUCAAGGCCCUUCUACAAAGCUCCGCCAGCCGCAAGACCCAGAAAAAGAAGAAAAAGAAGGCUUCCAAAAACGCGGAAAACGCCACCACGGGGGAGACGGCGGAGGAGAACGAGGCCGGCGACUGAGAACCCACUUGGAGUUCUGAAAUCGCCCCCUUUUUUUUUCCACCCCCCC